AUGAGUCGCUCGAGCAGAACCCUUUACGUCGGUAACCUUCCCGGUGACAUUCGUGAGCGUGAGGUGGAAGAUCUGUUUUACAAGGUCGAGCUUGCUCAUGGUGGACGAGGAAACUCUUCGUCAACAGAUCGUUACAGCAGAAGUCGGGGGCACCGUGGUGGAAUGUCCAGGCGGUCGGAAUACAGAGUUAUGGUCACUGGCUUGCCUAAUUCUGCGUCGUGGCAAGAUCUCAAGGAUCAUAUGCGUCGAGCUGGGGAUGUUUGCUUCUCAGAAGUUUUCCAUGAGGGGAGUGAUUGGACAUUUUACUGCUUAGUUGUGGUAGAGGAUUCUUACAGUGCUACAACUUUUCUUCGUGUAGGAAAGACAGGGAUAGUAGACUACACAAAUUAUGACGACAUGAAAUAUGCUAUCAAGAAGCUCGAUGAUUCUGAGUUUCGCAAUGCUGUCUCCCGUGGUAGAAUCCAUGUAAAGGAAUAUGAUUCUAGCCGUUCUAGAAGCCGUAGCCCGUCAUUCUCUAAAGGAAGGAGCAAUGGUCGGAGCAGGAGCAGGAGCAGGAGUUCAAGUCACAGUAGGAGCAGGAGCAGAAGCAAGUCGCCACUGGGAAAACUGUCACGCCGUUUGAGAUCCCGUUCAAGGUCUUUGUCUCCGCCUCGUUCUGGAUUGAAAGCACGCUCUCUGUCAAGAUAUGGAUAUGUGCGCAAUCUUGGGAUUUUGCAUAUUAGGAUCUUGUUGUGGGUCAUUGGUUCAAUUGGCUUCGAUUCUUUUGAUUAUGAGAUUGCGAACACGAAGAUCACGGAUUACAAUGGUCGAGCUGGACUAAUUGGGCAUUUGAAUAAAGGGACUCCUUUUUGCAUGGACACAUUUUAACUAUCUCCAAUGCUGCUAGGCUACCAAAGCAUACUAACAUUGGUUCUUGGUCUUUCAAAAGUGGAUUAAUAAGCUUUGGAACCAAGAUCUCCUCCAAGGUCAAGAUCACCAAAACCGUCUAAACGUGUUAGCAAGAGCCCAAAAAGUCGCAGUCCGAGACGGAGCAAGAGCCCAAGCCGAAGUAGGAGCAGGAGCCUCUCUAGGUGAAGUGUUGAUGAUGCCUAGGUUCCUCUCAUGUGACAGGAUUUUGCUUCGAGGGGAGUGAAUCUCGAUUCUGCUACUAGAGAUAUUUGAAUUGGUGGACAAUUCUGGUUUUAUGUUGUGUACGAAGAUACUUUUCGUUUUGUUUAGUAUUCCGUUUUUGUGAGAUGUGAAGACUUUUUAGCAACUUACAAAUUUGCACUCCUUUUAACUUUAUCAUGUGAUGACUGAUGAUGUAUUCUCGGUAAGAUUCCCCUUAAAAUUUGUUUUCCUUUUGGAUAGUAUUAUUGUCAUUCCUUGUGGCA